AUGUCUUUCAGGAGUCAUGAUAACGCAAACGAUAUUUCAAUUUUUGAUGCUUAUUCAAUGUUACCAAAGAGGAUUAAUGACCCCAUUCAUGGAUUAAUGGAGUUCGAUGAUUGGACGCUCAGUUUUAUCGACACUCCACAUUUUCAAAGGUUACGUAAUAUCAAACAAUUAGGAACCACUUAUUACGUGUUUCCUGGUGCCAGCCACAAUAGGUUCGAACAUUGUUUAGGUACUGCUUAUCUUGCUAACACGCUGGUGAAAAGAAUCCAAGUUACGCAACCUAAUUACAAAGUCGAGAAAGAUUUAGAAUGUGUGACAUUAGCUGCCUUGUGUCAUGAUCUGGGACAUGGGCCUUUUAGUCACACCUUUGAUAAUACAUUUAUUCCAAAAGCGAGGAAAGGUUUCAAAUGGAGACAUGAAGAUGCCUCCCUAAUGAUGUUUGAUCAUCUUUGGGAAAAUCAUUGUAAAGAUACAAUCGAUUUAGAUACAGAUGAUGUUAAAUUCAUUAAAUCCUUAAUUACUGGAAAUGUUUGUUCAGGUCGAUCUCGGUAUCUAUUCGAUAUAGUGGCUAAUAAUACGAACUCGAUCGAUGUCGAUAAAUUUGAUUAUUUGAAUCGCGAUUGUUACUAUCUCGGGAUGAAAUCUGUAUUCGAUUUCUCAAGACUCAUGAGAUUUUCGCGUGUAAUCGAUGAUCAAAUUGCGUAUUAUUUUAAGGAGAGUUAUAGUAUUUACGAAUUAUUUCAAACGCGGUAUUCUUUAUACAAAAAGGUUUAUUAUCAUCGCGUUGGAAAAGCCAUAGAAUAUAUGUUAUGUGAUGCUAUGGCUGAAGCAGAUCCAAUUCUCGAAAUAUCAAAAGCUGUCGAUGAUCCAGAAAAAUAUCUGAAAUUGGAUGAUACAAUCUUAAAUCAAAUUGAAUUUUCGACAGAUCCAAGGUUGGAAAAAUCUCGAAAAUUAAUCAAGCGAAUUCGAACUAGAGAUCUCUAUAGAUUUGUUGAUGAAUAUAUAAUCCCUCUAAAGUUGAAAGAUCACCUGACCGAGACAAAAGUAAAUGCUCGAGAAAUCAUUGCACAUCAAUCAGACAAUGAUAAACUUGGAGAAAAUGAUGUAAUCGUAGACCGAAUCAAAUUGAAUUAUGCCAAGAAAAAUGAGAAUCCCGUUGAUUGUGUUAAAUUUUACAAUCAAUAUGAAAUCGAUAAAGCUUUCUAUUUGGAUAAGUCACAAGUGAGUUAUCUAGUUCCGGAACAAUACGAAGAAACUAUUAUCCGAAUUUUUACUAGGGACGAUUCAAAAAGGAAAGCAGUUCAGGAAAGUUUUCGAAAAUUAUUGAACGUUUACGAUUCAGAUAAUGACGAUCCAAAUUCUAGUGGAAGUGUAGGUUACACAUUACCUAAGGAAUUUAGUUCUCCUCCUAAAAAACGUCCAAAAUAUCGAGCUAAACCAUAG